UUCACUUGAGUCGAGACAGUAACGACAUUUAGAAUUUGCAUUACUCAUCUUGUCACUUUCUCCCAGGAAAAAAAAAUACAAAUUUAGACCAACUAUAUUAGGAGACGACUUCAAAGUCUUCUAAUGAGUUAGUAACUGGGGUCAUCUUUUAAUCGCCGGCUUUCAAGACAUGUACAAUUUCAUAUGAAAACUCUGUGUGUGGUGGAUUGCAUCCAAGACAGUUUUAAGACAGAAGAUAAGAACGGCCUUUGCUUAUUUAUAGGAGACCACCACUCCUCUCGAUAACCAUGACUCGAGACAUUAACGACUUUUAAAACUAAGGGACGAACCUUAAGCAAAAGCUCUUGCAUUACUCAAAUUCUUCUGCCACUUGGUUUGCGAUGGACAGUUCUGGAGCAGAUCUAGAUAGAAUUGAGGCACAAAGGUCAAUGUUAGUUUCUCAUGAUCAACGGAAAGAUUUCUCUCACAGCGGAGGAGUUGGCACCACGUCACCUACGGGCGACACCGAACCUGUGCCAAAGUUCCGUACUAACCUUAAAUUGUCGGAUCUUUUCGCUCUCCCUGGUGAAGAUGUCGAGAUGACUCCGGAGAUUUUUGGUGGAAUGAGUAAUGGGGAAAAAGAAUGUCUGGAGAAGUUGAGAAGCAAUGGAACGCCAAUGGAACGUGUCAAGAGCAAUACAGGAGAUUCAAUUCUUCAUAUUGCUGCUAAAUGGGGUCAUCUGGAACUAGUGAAGGAGAUUAUCUUUGAAUGUCCAUGCCUUCUAUUCGAGCAAAACUCAAGCCGUCAGACACCGCUACAUGUGGCUACUCAUGGCGGUCAUACCAAAGUUGUUGAGGCUCUUGUUGCAUCGGUAACAUCUGCUUUAGCUAGUCUGAGUACUGAAGAGAGUGAGGGACUGAAUCCACAUGUUCUUAAGGACGAAGAUGGAAAUACUGCUCUGUACUACGCCAUUGAAGGACGCUAUUUGGAGAUGGCUACCUGUCUGGUGAACGCGGACAAGGAUGCUCCUUUUCUUGGAAAUAACAAGGGAAUAUCUUCCUUGUACGAAGCCGUAGACGCUGGAAAUAAAUUUGAAGACCUUGUGAAAGCAAUUUUGAAAACCACAGACGACAACGUGGACCGUGAAGUGAGGAAGUUUAACUUAGAUUCGAAAUUACAAGGGAACAAACAUCUUGCACAUGUUGCUUUGAAGGCCAAAAGUAUAGGUGUCCUUGAUGUUAUUCUUGAUGAAUAUCCAAGUCUUAUGGACGAGCAAGAUGAAGAUGGUAGGACUUGUCUUUCAUACGGAGCAUCCAUUGGGUAUUAUAAAGGACUAUGCAACAUCUUAAACCGAUCAACAAAGGGUGUUUAUGUCUGCGACCAAGAUGGUUCUUUUCCAAUUCAUUCGGCUGCAAAAAACGAACAUUACGAAAUUAUUAAAGAGUUUAUAAAACGUUGUCCAGCUUCAAAAUACCUUCUUAACAGACUUGGUCAGAACAUUCUCCACGUGGCGGCAAAAAAUGAGGCCUCUCUUACUGCAUAUAUGUUGAUGCAUGAUAAAGAUACGAAACAUCUGGGUGUUGGGCAAGAUGUGGACGGGAAUACACCUUUGCACCUUGCCGUCAUGAACUGGGACUUUGACUCCAUUACUUGUCUUGCUAGCCGUAACCACGAGAUACUGAAAUUACGAAACAAAAGCGGCUUAAGAGCUAGGGAUAUUGCCGAGUCAGAGGUGAAACCCAACUACAUCUUUCAUGAGAGGUGGACACUGGCGCUCUUAUUAUACGCUAUUCACUCAAGUGGUUUCGAAUCUGUUAAGUCAUUAACAAUACAGUCAGUGCCACUAGACCCUAAGAAAAACAGACAUUACGUCAACGCUCUUCUCGUGGUAGCGGCUCUUGUAGCCACAGUGACGUUUGCUGCAGGCUUUACAAUACCAGGUGGUUAUAUCAGCGAUAGCAAAAAACCAAACUUGGGCAGGGCAACUUUGGCCACUAACCCAACUCUCUUCAUUUUUCUGCUUUUUGACAUCUUGGCAAUGCAAAGUUCUGUUGCAACAAUAUGUACUCUUAUUUGGGCGCAGUUGGGUGAUCUAGCACUCAUCCUCAAAUCCUUACAUGUGGCCUUGCCCUUACUACUUUUUUCAUUACUAUGCAUGCCCGUAGCAUUCCUUUUUGGCGUGAUCACUGCAAUUGCCCAUGUGAAAUGGCUUUUAGUCACCAUUAGCAUUAUAUCUGGUGGAUUCUUCCUUUUCGCAAUCUUUAUCCUUGGCCCUCACGUCAUGCUACAGCGCUCACACCUUCCGCCCAGUUCUGGUAUAUUUCUCAAGACUUUUAUGCUGACUAUAGACAUAUCUGAGUUGUUUGUGAUUUUGAUCAAAGCUUGUUUUGGUUGUGUGGCGUGUUCCGAAUAAAUCAUCAAAAGUUUAUAGAUCAAAGGAUAUUUUUCUUCUCUUUUUUUUUUCUUUCAAAAAGCUACGAGAUAUGCUGGUCUCUAGCUCUGAGAAGCGGCAUCUUGAUCAUACAACUCAUUCGAAGUCCUAUCAGAAUUAUCUGUAGUUGUAAUAAAGCGUGAAAAGUAUAUCAUUCGAAGAGAUUUUCCUCUAAAAUAAUCGAGUGAUAUUUUAUUAUUCGGUUUAGUGGAUACCAGUUUACUAAUCUCUCGAAUUUAUGAACCACAUUCAAAGGAGAUGAGUUUAACAAAAAAAAAAGGUAAAUUGUUUUUUAUUCUCGUCGUGCGUUCCACAUGAGUCGUUUUCAAGAGCAAUAUAGACGAUACUUCACAAGAAUUAUUAUUUUUGUUGGGGUAUAAAAAUUUGAAGAUACGUUUGGCAACGACAAUACGACGUUAGAUUGUUCCAAGAGGUGCAAAAACUUAGGGACCCUCUUUAUUCGUUCACUGUAACCACUGACCACAACAUGACUAGGUAGACUCUUCUUUUUGUCAAUGUUGAUGUUUAUACGAUUUUGAUGAGACUGGCUCUAUCAAGAUAUGAAUCUCUGAUCAUAUCUCCACUAAUCUUUCAUCUUGUUAUUCCCUCAUUUACUUUUGAUUUCCUUCUCUCUCUCUCUUUUUUAUGUAUACAAAUUUUUCUUUAUUUCGCUUCACUAAACCCCACCAUGUAAUUGUGUGAGUUUUGGCGAAGUGGCGCAACACCGUAGAGCACACCAACACUAACCCAAUCCAUUUUAUGACCGUAAAUUUUGUUGUUGAUUAGUGUAUUUUUUUCUUGUUUAGUUAUUCUGAGA